GAACUCCUGAAUCAGCGUGUGUCGUAGUUGUUGGUGACUUUAACCUUCCCUCUCUAACUUGGUCACCUGAUGAAUCCGCCCCUACUAACAUCGGCGGGUCUCAGGAGGACGAUGAAUUCUGCGUCAUAACAAAAGAUAACUUCCUCGCUCAAUUUAUUAAAGGCCCUACUCAUAUAGCAGGAAACAAACUCGACUUGCUUCUCUCCAACUGUCCGGAAGUUAUCGACCACGUCUCCACCUUCACUCCAGUGGAAAGUAAUUUCCCCUCUGAUCACUACCUAGUAGUAGAUUUCUCUAUACGGCUGAAGUUCAAGCGAGCAAAGCGUGUGCAACGUAAAGCGUACAACUGCAAGAGAGCACUGAGAUUUCGAGGCCCUUCGUAA